GUUUUAAUGGAUUCGCGGAUUGAGCAGGGAUCACCCCACACCUCCUUCCCCGUUCCCUUCUCCACCGACGUCUCUCUCUCUCUCUCUCUCCACUCCGAGCGCGCCUCGAGGUUCAAUCCAAAGAGCAAGAGCAGUGUUGAAGAUGAGCGCGUUCGGAGGUGAUAGCUGGGCGAGGGAGGCGCAGAAUCGGAAGCGGAGGGUGGACGAUCUCAUUCUCUCAUCAGCAUCUUCUGCUUCAUCUUCUUCAACCGCCUCUUCCUCAUCUUUCAAGAAGCUCUCCAAUGGCAAGUACGCUUGCCUCGUUUGCCCUAACAACCCCAUCCUCGACUCCCCUCUCAUGCUCUCUCUUGACAGAUGCACAGGAAGGGGUCUCGCCACAUUGCCGCAGAAUCUAGACUGAGGGAAAAGGAAUUAGCGACGCAGGCAGAGUUAAACAAGAGAAUAGCGUUGUCUUCAGAUUCUAAUGUCCUCGCAAGCAUUGGUAGCUCUACUACUCAUGCGAAGUGCAAUGGUAACCAAGAUAAACCAUUAAUUGAACAGACACGGGGGUCUAUUUUAGAAGCACAAUCAAGCAAAUUCAAUGAUCUCAAUGCCAGAAAUGACCGGUCUAAUUCCAGAACAAGAAGAUAUAUUUCCACAAAUGAUUUAAAACUGCACAAUUCUUGUAAUUCAGUAGAGGAACAAUCUGUACACACUGGGCUUGACAAGUCUAAUAGCUCUGACAGAGAGCUUUUUGCGGGAACUGAAGCUCAUUCUAAGAUGCUUGUGGACUGGAAUGCACAACUCCAAAAGCGGCAGGAAAAAGAGCUCAAGCUUACCACUGCUGGUUGGAAGCGCGAUUGCCAUGGAAAGUGGUAUAGAGAUGAAAAUGCUGAAUUUGAUUCAGAUGAGGAAGACCCAAAUGUUUGCCUUAGUUGAGAAGAUGCUUUAAGCAUGUACCAUCAUGGCUGUUCGAGUCCAUGGAAUUGACAUCCUUCCCUUUCAACAAUUUGGCAGGAUUAUGGCUAGCACACAAACAGUAGUUGCAAAUCCUCCACCUUGUAAGGGGAAUCUGGUGACGGUCCUGAGCAUUGACGGUGGUGGUGUGAGAGGAAUCAUUCCAGGGGUUAUUCUCGCCUCCCUUGAAUCGAAGCUUCAAGAGCUAGAUGGAGAGAAAGCAAGGAUUGCAGAUUACUUUGAUGUCGUUGCAGGAACAAGCACUGGAGGUCUGGUGACUGCAAUGCUUACAGCUCCUGAUAAGAAUAAGAAUAAUCGUCCGCUCUUCGCAGCAAAGGAUAUUACCAAAUUCUAUAUAGACAACAGUCCGAAAAUAUUUCCUCAAAGGAAAGGGCUGUUUGGCUCGACGGCAAACCUGCUUCGUUUAUUGACAGGCCCAAAGUACAAUGGCAAGUAUCUGCACUCUAUAAUUCGAGAAUACCUUGGUGAUACAAGAUUACAUCAAGUCCUAACCAACUUAGUCAUCCCCACUUUCGAUAUCACAUAUCUCCAGCCCACCAUUUUCUCCAGCUUUGAGUUGACCCUCAAGCCAUCGAAAGACGCCCUCCUUUCCGACAUCUGCAUCGCCACCUCCGCAGCUCCGACGUUCCUCCCAGCCCACUACUUCGAGACCAAGGACGACAAAGGAAACAUCCGAAAAUUCAACCUCAUUGAUGGCGGCGUCGCCGCGAAUAAUCCGACUCUAGCAGCUAUAAGCCAAGUUAAUAAACAAAUCUUCAUGAACAAUGAUGAUUUUAGCAAGAUGAAACCCAUGGAUUGCAAAAAGCUUCUUGUGAUCUCACUUGGAACCGGGUCAAACAAGUCGGAGGAGAAAUUUACUGCGACAGAUGCAGCAAAGUGGGGCAUAUUUGGAUGGUUGUUGCAAAAAAAUGCUACACCUAUAGUUGAUAUUUUUAAUCAGGCAUCUGCGGAUAUGGUCGAUAUUUAUUUAUCUGUUCUCUUCCAAGCUCUUCAUUGUGAGGAGAAUUAUCUCCGUAUACAGGAUGCUAACUUGACGGGGAGUACGAACUCGGUGGAUGGCUCUUCAUCGGAGAACAUGCAAAAGCUGGUUCAGAUUGGGACGGACCUUCUGAAGAAGCCGGUGUCGAGGGUGAACCUGGAGACGGGCGUGUUCGAGGCGGUGAAUGGCAAGGGCACCAACGAAGAAGCGCUCGCCGACUUUGCAAAGCGUCUCUCCGUCGAGCGGCGGCUCCGACUGCAUUGAGAAGUGCAAUUUAUAUAUCGCAUCCGAUGAAUGCAUAUAUUUAUGGGCCCGUGGCAUCAUGUUGAUUAAAUACUAAAUCUGCCACAUGCCUUGUGUUUUCUCAUUGCAUUGUGGUUACUUCUUUGUGGCGCUUGUUUGUUUUUGUGUGUGCGUUCACCAGUCGUUGCAUAAAGAAAGAACAUGCGAUAAAGGAAAUCACAGAAGGUGAUGGGACCUCCCCGCGCACUCUGUGUGGUUCAAUGUUAUGCAAUUAAUGAAUUCUUUUCCACUAAGGGGGCGUUUGGAUCGACGAAUCCGUAAAUCCAACGUAACUCAAUUAGCAGUGGUGUUUGAAUUGUUUUGUAGUGUGAUUAAUUUUUUGUUGUUUAUUUUGACGUAA